AUGUCGUUUACUGCUCCUUCGGAUCCCGUGAAUAAGCCUGUAAAGGUGAAGAUAUCGCAGCUGUGCGAACUGUGUCAUUCAAGAAAGGCUUUUAUCAGAAGGCCCAAGAAUCUGUCCAAACUUUGUAAGCAAUGUUUCUGCUUGGUGUUCGAAACGGAAAUCCAUAACACCAUUAUGGCGAACAACUUGUUCCAAAGGGGCGAACGCAUAGCUGUGGGGGCCUCGGGAGGUAAGGACUCCACGGUGUUAGCACACAUGCUGAAGCUACUGAACGACCGAUACGAUUAUGGCAUUGAGAUUGUACUGUUGAGUAUCGACGAAGGGAUCGUUGGAUACAGGGACGACUCGUUGGCCACAGUGAAGAGGAACCAACAGCAGUACGGGCUCCCCCUGGAGAUAUUCUCCUUUAAGGACCUCUACGACUGGACGAUGGACGAGAUUGUAUCCGUUGCGGGGAUAAGAAACAGUUGCACAUACUGCGGUGUUUUUAGAAGGCAAUCGUUGGAUCGAGGUGCUGCGAAGUUGGGAAUAUCACACGUCGUCACGGGCCACAAUGCGGACGAUAUGGCCGAGACCGUAUUGAUGAAUAUCUUACGUGGUGAUGUGGCAAGACUCGAGAAAUCCACGGCGAUCAUCACGCAAAGUAGCGGGUCGCCCAUCAAGAGAUCGAAACCGUUUAAAUAUUCUUACCAGAAGGAGAUCGUUCUUUACGCGCAUUACAUGAAACUAGAUUACUUCUCCACCGAGUGUACAUACGCACCAGAGGCCUUUAGGGGCACUGCGAGAGAAUACAUGAAGAACUUGGAGGCAAUCAGACCCAGCUGCAUCGUGGAUAUCAUCCAAAGUGGCGAGAACCUUGCCUUGAAGACCAAGAAGUCCAACGCAAAGAAGAAAGUCGUGAAGUUUGUCGACGGCAACAGAUGCACCAAAUGUGGAUAUCUGUCAUCGAACAGCGUCUGCAAAGCAUGCAUGCUGCUUGAAGGUCUGGAGAAAAGCAGAGCGCAAGUGGCCAUCGAAAACGACACUUCUGCUGACGGGGCUGCCAGGAACUUGAGAGCGCUGGAGAAGCUCAGCUUUUGA